CAUACGUGUGCUCUUCCAAAAUAACACUAUCGUUUUAUUACUGAGCAGCACCAAGUUUUUCUCAGCAGAAUGUAAGGUCACAGUCAAACGGCGGCAUACAAGGUGAAAGUUUCAUAAACGGAGCUCUCGAUAUUAAUGCCACGAUUCGAGCUUAUCAGGUAUUUGUUAUAAAACGAAGUCUAAAACUUUCAUCUAAAUCCAUCUGAUAAAAUUGCUUUGUUUUCCUUGAUUCAAGACACGCGGCCACUUGAUAGCCGAUACCGAUCCGCUAAGAAUACAAAAUCCAGAAUCCUAUAAGCUUCAAGGCACUUCUAAUUUACCACCUGCGAUCGUGGUGCGCCAACAUUUGAAAGGGAUAACCGAGGCUGAUAUGAACAGGGAAUUUCCUCUUGCGCCGUUCACCGUAAUUGGGGGCCCUAAGCGGAGUCUCCCUUUGCGCGAAAUACUAACUAGAUUGAACCAAAUUUAUUGCGGUCAUUUAGGCCUUGAGUACAUCUAUAUUCAUGAUCUUGUCGUUUUAGAUUGGUUGAGAGAUAAAUUCGAACUACCUGGCGCUUGGGAAUUGCCGGCGGAUCAUAGAAAGUUCAUUUGGAUGAAUAUUAUGAGGGCGGUAACGUUCGAGGGCUUUUUAGCACGAAAAUUCCCCACUGAAAAAAGAUUCGGUUUGGAGGGUUGCGAAUCUUUCAUACCAUCGUUGAUACAGUGUUUAGAGACGUCAGCGGAACAUGGGGUAGAAAGUGCUGUGAUAGGCAUGGCUCAUCGAGGACGGUUGAACACGUUGAGCAACGUUUGCUUCAAACCAUUGCAUCAACUUCUUACCCAGUUCAAUCCGAUUCCUUUAGAAGGUUUCGGUUCUGGUGACGUAAAGUAUCACUUAGGAACACACGCGGAAAGAACAUUGGAAAGAUCUAAGAAGAAGAUUCUCAUUGCUAUGAUGGCUAAUCCGUCUCAUUUGGAAGCGAUCAAUGGCGUUGUGAUCGGUCGAGUUCGAGCUGAACAAGUGGAAAAAAACGAUGCCCAAUAUGGUAAAAAAUCGGUGGCCAUUUUGGUUCAUGGUGACGCUGCUUUUUCUGGGCAAGGUGUCGUCUACGAAACGAUGCAUUUGACCAAUUUGCCAAAUUACACGACCGGCGGCGUUCUUCAUCUCGUAAUUAACAAUCAGAUUGGUUUCACCACCGAUCCCAGAUAUUCCCGCUCGAGCGUUCAUUGCACAGACGUGGCACGCGUUGUAAAUGCUCCUAUUUUCCAUAUACAUGCUGACGACCCUGACUUAGUGGCUUACUGUAGCAAGGUUGCCGGAGAAUAUAGGGCUACGUUCCACAACGACGUUGUUCUCGACAUCGUGGGAUACCGAAGAUUUGGGCACAACGAAUUGGACGAGCCGAUGCUCACGCAACCCUUAAUGUACAAACGUAUAAAAGAACAUCCGAAUGUUCUUUCCAUUUAUAGUGAUAAGUUGCUGAAAGACGGAGUGAUUACCGAGGCGUUUGCCAAAGAAGAAAUUGAGAAGUACUGGAACUAUUGCGAAACGGAGUUUGAAAAAGCGAAAACGAUCGAUUCGAUGCAAUUGAGCGAUUGGCAUGACGUGCCGUGGUCAGAGUUCUUCUCUAAUCAAAGCCCCAGGAAUAAGAUACCACCGACCGGCAUCGACAUAGAAAUCAUAAAGACAAUUUGCAAGGCAAUAUCAACUCCACCGCAUGGUAUCACGCCUCAUGCUCAGGUGUUAAGGGUAAUGGAAAAGAGAAAUCAACUAAUGGAAGCUCGACAAGCAGAUUGGGCAAUGGGUGAAGCCUUGGCGUUUCUCAGUUUGCUGAAAGAAGGUCACCACGUGAGAUUGUCCGGACAGGAUGUCGAGCGAGGCACUUUUUCUCACCGUAUGCACAUCAUUCACGAUCAACAUAGAGAUAAAACGUUCAAAAAUAUUCUACACGAUGUGUUCCCGGGACAAGGGUUAUACACGGUCUCGAACUCCUCGCUGUCAGAAUAUGGUGUUUCCACGUUUGAGGUAGGUUACUCCACCUAUAAUUAUAACACUUUGACGAUGUGGGAAGCUCAAUUUGGCGAUUUCUGCAACACAUGUCAGGUCUCUAUAGACGCUAUUCUGAGUUCCGGGCAAACGAAAUGGGGUCGACAAGUAGGAUUAGUGUUUCUUUUGCCUCACGGACUGGAAGGUCAGGGUCCUGAACAUUCGUCCGCAAGGCUCGAACGAUUCCUCGAGCUUUGCGACGACGACUGCGUCCAUAUGCCGGGCAAAGAACCGGGGGCAUCGCCAGGAGAAACUGUGGAGGAAAUUAUGACACGGCAAUUAUUUGAAAUAAAUUGGAUUAUCUGUAAUUUAACGACCUCUGCGAACCUUUUCCAUUGUCUUCGCCGACAGAUUCACAUGCCUUUCAGGAAACCAUUGUGCAUUAUGACGCCCAAGUCCUUGCUACGUCACCCGAUGGCUAUAUCGCCUUUCUCCGAUAUGGAAUCCGGAACUUCGUUCAAACCUCUUCUUUCGGAUCCCUAUGUCAAACUAGGCAAUGUACAAAAAGUAUUGAUGUGCAGUGGAAAGGUGUACUACGACCUAAUCACGGAACGAGAGGGGAAACAAUUGGAAGAUAAAAUAGCUAUUCUUCGCAUUGAGCAAAUCUGUCCAUUUCCAUAUCAUUUUCUCGCGCAAGAAAUGACGAAGUAUCCAAAUGCCAAGAUAAUGUGGUUCCAAGAAGAACACAAAAAUCAAGGUGCAUAUACGUACGUGAGAGACAGAAUAGCGUUAGCUUUAGGAAAGAAAUUGGAAGAAGUGACCUAUGGUGGUAGACCACCAUCAGCUUCUCCAGCAACUGGUAGCAAAGUCAUUCAUUCGACGGAAUACAAAGAUAUGAUGGCUGCUGCUUUGAAGCUCGAUUAAAUCAGAGUUAAUAAAAAAAAAAAAAAAAAA